CGACAUGGGCGCCGCCGGGUGGGCACUGCUGCCUCUGCCGCCGGGCCUGUCCCUCCUGCUGCUGCUUUUGCCGCUCCCUGGGCUCCCCGCGGGCUCCUGGGACCCGGCCGGUUACCUGCUCUACUGCCCCUGCAUGGGGCGCUUUGGGAACCAGGCCGAUCACUUCUUGGGCUCCCUGGCAUUUGCAAAGCUGCUGAACCGCACCCUAGCUGUACCCCCCUGGAUUGAGUACCAGCAUCACAAGCCUCCUUUCACCAACCUCCAUGUGUCCUACCAGAAGUACUUCAAGCUGGAGCCCCUCCAGGGCUACCAUCGGGUCAUCAGCCUGGAGGACUUCAUGGAGAAGCUGGCACCCACCCACUGGCCCCCUGAGAGGCGGGUAGCUUACUGCUUUGAAGUGGCAGCCCAGCGGAGCCCUGAUAAAAAGACGUGCCCCAUGAAGGAAGGAAACCCCUUUGGCCCAUUCUGGGACCAGUUUCAUGUGAGUUUCAACAAGUCUGAGCUUUUCACGGGCAUUUCCUUCAGCGCUUCCUACAAGGACCAAUGGAUUCAGAGAUUUUCCCCAAAGGAACAUCCGGUGCUCGCCCUGCCUGGGGCCCCAGCCCAGUUCCCUGUGCUAGAGGAACAUAGGCCGCUCCAAAAGUACAUGGUGUGGUCAGACGAGAUGGUGAGGACGGGAGAAGCCCAGAUCCACAUCCACCUCAUCCGGCCCUAUGUGGGCAUUCAUCUGCGCAUCGGCUCCGACUGGAAGAAUGCCUGCACCAUGCUUAAGGAUGGGACUGCAGGCUCCCACUUCAUGGCCUCACCUCAGUGUGUGGGCUAUAGCCGCAGCGCAGCUGCACCGCUCACCAUGACCAUGUGCCUCCCCGACCUAAAGGAAAUCCAGCGGGCCGUGAAGCUCUGGGUGAAGGCACUGAACGCCCAGUCUGUCUACAUCGCCACAGAUUCUGAGAGCUAUGUGCCUGAGAUCCAACAGCUCUUCACAGGGAAGGUGAAGGUGGUGAGCCUGAAGCCCGAGGUGGCCCAGAUCGACCUGUACAUCCUUGGCCAAGCUGACCACUUCAUUGGCAACUGUGUUUCCUCCUUCACUGCCUUCGUGAAGCGGGAACGGGACCUCCAGGGGAGGCCAUCCUCUUUCUUUGGCAUGGACAGGCCCCCUAAGCUUCGGGAUGAGUUCUGAUCUGGGCUGGAGCACAUCACCAGUCUGAGCUGGGCCCUCCAGCCAGGCCUGGCAGCCAGAGAUGCUCCCAGGAUUGAUCCCCAAGGGCACAAGCUCCUUGCUUGCCUGCCAGAGAUGGAAAGGUACCAGGGACUUCCUGGAGGGGGAGGAGGCCCAUCUCCCAGGGUGCAGGACUUCUAAGCCUCUCUCCCUCCCCAUGUGCUUCCUGCUGUUUCUUUGGGAAUUCUCACAUCAGCAGAGCAGUCCAACUCUACAUUUUGGUCUGCCCUGCUCUGAGCAGCCUGGGAUGAUGAACUCUCUCUUCAGAGAGAGUUAUAUGUGUGUGUGUGUGUAUUUUUUUUUUUAAAUCAUUUUCGUACAAGAUCGUGACUACUCCAGAACUCUCCUUCAUUUUUAAAAAUCCAUGAAGUCCACUAGC